AUGCCUUUCAUUAAGCUCGUCAAGAACAAGGCUUACUACAAGCGUUUCCAGGUCAAGUACCGCAGACGCAGAGAGGGCAAGACCGACUACUACGCUCGCAAGCGUCUUACUGUCCAGGCCAAGAACAAGUACAACUCCCCCAAGUACCGUCUUGUUGUCCGCUUCACCAACGCCGACAUUGUCUGCCAGAUUGUCUACGCCAAGCUCCAGGGUGACUUUGUUCUUGCCUCUGCUUACGCUCACGAGCUCCCCAAGUACGGCGUCAAGGGUGGUUUGACCAACUGGGCUGCUGCUUACUGCACUGGUCUCCUUGUCGCUCGUCGCGUCUUGACCAAGCUCGGUCUUGCCGACAAGUACGAGGGUGUCACUGAGCCCGAUGGUACCAUUUCGAUGACCGAGGCCGUUGAGGAUGCCCCCCGUCCCUUCAAGUGCUUCUUGGAUGUCGGUCUCAAGCGCACCUCGACCGGUUCCCGUGUCUUUGCUGCCAUGAAGGGAGCCUCCGAUGGUGGUGUCUUCGUUCCCCACGGUGAGAACCGUUUCCCCGGUUACGAUGCUGAGUCCAAGGAGCUCGAUGCCGAGGUUCUCCGCUCGUACAUCUAUGGUGGUCACGUUGCCGACUACAUGCGUUACCUCGAGGAGGAUGACGAUGAGAAGUACAAGAAGCAGUUCUCCAAGUUCUUGGCUGCCGGUCUUGAGGCCGAUGAUCUCGAGGAGAUGUACCAGGAGGCCCACAACGCCAUCCGUGCUGACCCCGUCCACGUCCCCACCGAGAAGAAGAAGCCCGCUGCCGGCGAGAAGGUCAAGACCAACUACAAGGCCCGUCUCACCUACAAGCAGAGGAAGAACAAGGUCCAGCAGAAGGUCAAGGCUUUCCAGGCCAAGAACGGAAUCUCGGCUUAA